AUGUUUGAGACUAAGAUUAAAGAUAAGAUCAUUCGUGCAAAAAAAGAGACAAAAAAGCAAGAGCUCGGAAGAAAGCGACAGAGAUCGAUGGAGAUGUCUGAAGAAAGGCAAACUGAGCGGCAAAAUGUAUCCCGGCGGCCAGCAAGAAAAACAUUUCCGCUAAUCGCCAAACUGCAAACACCAACGAUUUCAUUGAAUGGGAGAACUUACAGCCUUCAUUUGAUUCGAAGCUCCAAAGCAAGUGAAAUAGAUGAGAAGAGUAAUGCCACACAGCCAUUAAGAAGGCAAGAAGGAAGAGAAACAAGACGGGAUGUCAAUUUAGAUGCUCAAUGGGAGAGAGAGAAACCGGAAAGCAUUGAAUGCAGAGGGGAGAGAACAAACCAGAUCAGUGAAAACCUUAUGAGGGCGAUUUUGACUGGAAGAGCAGAAACGAAGGAUUUAGUUUGUGAGAAAGAAAAAAUGAGAGAAGAGCUAGAGAAACUUGAAAAAGAGAACAAUCAAAUCCCUCUGUUGGUUGCUGAUGUUGCGGUUCUAAAAACGAAAAAAGAUGAGCUGGAAGGGCUUCUGAAUGCUCAAGAAAAACAUCUAAAAUCCGCUCAUUCGGCAUUAGAUCGGUAUGUUUGGACAGGAGUUAGCAAAAACACGUUCGUCUUCCACAGGUUGGAGUCAGAACGAUGUCGUUUAUUGAGUGAACUGGCUGCAGUCGAAAGACUUUAUUCAGAUGCAUUGAAGGAAGCGAACGACAUGAAGAAAUUGAAGGAUGAGGCGGAAAUGUUGCAGCAGGAAGAAGCAAAAAUGUUGGAGAUAAUAAAAGAACAGCUUGAAAAGAAAAAAGAAGAAAUUAAAGAAAAGACGAAGUUGCUGGAGAAUCUUCAGUAUGAAAAUGCAAAACUAACGGCAGAAAUUAAAGCUCUCCAAGUUCAAUUGCCAGGAAUUUCAGAAUAUGAAGAAAAAAAUCAACUUCUGGAAACUCUACGGAAUCACAGAGUGCAAUAUGAAUUGCUACAAGAAGAAUUGAAUUCCAUACGAUCACGAAUGAAAGAGGCGGAGAGUUUGAAUGAAAGAUAUCAAAAGGCGAGUGAAGAGAUGAAAGGGGCGGCUGAACAAUCCAAAACGGCCCAAACGCUUCUGAAAGCGAAAUUGGCUGCAGCAGAAUCUCGGGAGGCAGAAUUGAUUCAACAGAUAGAAACAAGGAGAGAUUUCGCAAUUUCUGAUACCAGAGAAAAAAGAAGCUUAAUUCAGGAAUUGGGAGAUGCAAGGGACUCUCUGCAAAUCUUGGAAGAACAGUUUCAAAAAAUGAGAGAGGAAAAGAAAAAAGGAGAAAGUCGAAUGUUUGGAAAAAUAAAAAUGUUAAAACUAGAAAAUAAAGCAUUGGAGGAAGCAAAUGAAACGCUGAGAACAGACUUAGAAGCGACACUGAAGGCAACGAGCGCAUUGCAUCAUCAAGUGAGCCAUCUGAGAUCAUCAGGAAGGUUAUUGAACGAUCUCGAGUCAAGCAUCUAUCGAGAAAAAGAAAUUUCGAAUCAAAGGCGAUCAGUAGAAGUGAUUCAGAGAAUUAGCGUGAUUCCAUCCAACAGGCUGUACAGAACAGCGGCAGUCCAAGCAGGAAGACCGAAGACGGGGGGUCUGGUUUGGGACUUACGGGAUCGAAGUUCAGAAUCAGAAAAAGGACAGAGUGAUGAAGAAUUUGAAGCUCCUGAAAAUGUUGAAAAUCCGUCAGGGCGCUCCAGAUAG